GCGACCCCUGCUGGCUGCCGGAGCGCCUUUCCCCCCUUACCCAUCCUGGCCAUGCGACCUCCACCAUGGUUGCAGUACCCCCAGUUUAGCUCAGUCGGGUCGUCCUAGGGGGGUGUCACACUCUGCCCCUACCGCCAAGGAGCCUGGAAAGGGGCAGGGGCAAGGCCGUGGAGAGGACGCCCCCACCGAGUCCCUCUGGUCUCUCCACACCAAUCCGUGGGUGCUGAUGUCCAGACACUUGUCCUGCAGCAAAGGGGCCAAGGGCCCUCUUCCUGCGGUGUCCAGGCUCCUCCUCUGACGGACCAGUCUCCCCCAUUGGGGGCUGCUGAGCGGCCGCCAAAAGAAGGCUACUCUGCUUAGAGACAUAGACCAUGUGGGGCUCCCAACAGUUGCUUGUGGCAUGGUGUCUAGUGUUGGCAGCAGGUGGUACCGAGCAUGUCUACAGGCCCAGCCGCAGAGUGUGUGCCGUGGGAGUUUCAGGAGGCCCUGCCUUGCCCGUCUUGGAGUCCUUUGUGCAGCGUGUAUAUCAGCCUUUCCUCACCACUUGUGAUGGGCACCGAGCUUGCAGCACUUACCGAACCAUCUACCGGACUGCCUAUCGCCGCAGCCCUGGGCCGACUCCCGCCAGGCCUCGCUAUGCCUGCUGCCCUGGUUGGAAGAGGACCAGCGGGCUCCCUGGGGCUUGUGGAGCAGCCAUAUGCCAGCCUCCAUGUGGGAACGGAGGGAGUUGCAUCCGCCCAGGCCACUGCCGCUGCCCUGUGGGAUGGCAGGGAGAUACUUGCCAGAUAGAUGUGGAUGAAUGCAGUACCGGAGAGGCCAGUUGUCCCCAGCGUUGUGUCAAUACCGUGGGCAGUUACUGGUGCCAGUGCUGGGAGGGGCAAAGCCCAUCUGCAGAUGGAAUGCGCUGCCUGCCCAAAGAGGGGCCCUCCCUGGUGGCCCCAAACCCCACAACAGGAAUGGACAGCAUGGUGAGGGAGGAGGUGCACAGGCUGCAGACCCGGGUUGAUGUCCUGGAGCAGAAACUCCAGUUGGUGCUGGCCCCACUGUACAGCCUGGCCUCUCGGGCCACAGAGCAUGGGCUGCGAGACCCUGGCAGCCUGCUGACCCACUCCUUCCAGCAGCUGGACCGUAUUGAUUCCCUGAGUGAGCAGGUCUCCUUCUUGGAGGAGCAGCUAGGGUCCUGCUCUUGCAAAAAAGAUCUGUGAUGGCAUCUCACCACCCAGGCUGGACUGAGCUGCCGCCUCUACAUCCCUUCCAGUCAGACUUCAGGUGCUAUCUGGUGGUGCCUGUGAGCAGAAGGCCCUCCUUCUCAGGAGGUUCCUAGGACUUGGGCAUGGGGAGUGGGAUCUUUCCAGAAAAGGUACGAGAGCACCCUGUCCAGAGGUGAGGUCAGGAUUGUCCCCAUCUUUGUCAUAAUAAAGCUGGGA